GAAAUUUUGAAGCUCUCUCUCUCUCGCUCUAGUUAUUCACUCUCUCUCUCUUGAUCUCGAGUCUCGGUUCCAGAAGACGCCAUGAAAGGACUGAAAACAGCCUCUGUUGCUAACAAGAAGCUUGAUGGAGAGAUAAUGAAGAAACGUAAGGCUGAUUCAACCACGAAGAAGGAGAAAGCGAGCAAGAAGAACUCUGGUGCUCCGAAGCGUCCUGCCAGUGCUUUCCUCGUCUUCAUGGAGGAUUUCAGGAAGUCAUUCAAAGAGAAUUUUCCUGACAACAAAUCGCUUCCAGCUGUUGGAAAAGCUGGUGGUUUGAAAUGGAAAUCCAUGACCGACUCUGAGAAAGCUCCUCACAUUGCAAAGGCUGCCAAGAAGAAGGCAGAGUAUGAUAAAGCUAUGGAGGAGUACAAGAAAUCCUGUGUGAAUGGAGAAGAAAAGCCAGAGGAAUCUGAGAAGUCAUGCUCUGAUGUCCACGACGAGGUUGAACAAGAAGCCAGCUCUUAGGUAUAGGAAGGGUAAAGAGGUUGGUGAACAGGGAUGGAUGGAUAUGAUGGUAUAGAAGUAUAAAUAAAUGUGGAUAUCUCUUUGUAAGGUUUUGGUUAUAGUCAUUGUAGCUUAUUGAGUACAGUGGUUGUAAUUUUUAGUGGCGUUGCUUUGAGAACUGUGUAUGUUAGUUGCAUUUUGUUCUAUUUUCCAUUGCCCAUUACUUUAGAGGCAAUUCUACUGAAGAAAUUUACCAGUUUGGUGUAUUGACUGUGAUCCACAUGUUAAUAUCUCUGCUUAUUUGGUGUU